GACAAUUCCUGUAGGAUCUGUAGUCUUUAACUUCCAAGUUUCAUUUUAGUUCAAUUACAAGAAUAAUUUUUCACACAUUUUUGAUGGAACAUACUCUUCUUGCCUGUGCUGGAUCACUUCCAGCAUCUUCUAGAACCUAAAUGUCAUCUCUCUUAAGGAGAUGUUUACACUCUUUGUCUUUGUGCUGUCAUUUUAAGGGAGGUGGAGGGAAAAAAAAAAAAGUCUGAUUUACUGUGAAAUAAUUACAAGAGUGACUGUAUAAUCUGUAGUAUCACAGUACUUCUUCAGUUCUGUCUUGCCUUAAUGCAUACAUAUUAGGCAGUUUGUAAAAGCCUUGGUUCCACUGUACAUUUUAGAGCAUUCCUUUUAGUGAGACUUUGAUGUGCUGAUUUUAAAAUUACACAAUUCAAGGACUGAAGAAAGAAGAUUGUACUGUGGUUCACAUCAUCUGAUGUGAAUCAAGAACGCUGCCUUGGUAAUUGGAUUGCACUGGAAAUAUAUGUUGCUGUGACAAAUCACACUGUCGAAUAGCUAUCUCAGUGGUUUUAGGAGGGUGUACACUUGAGCAAGGCAGGAGCUUGCUCUCUCCUCAGGUAAAUACAGGGAGAUGUUCUUGCCUGCAGAAGAGAGAUCGAUGAAGUCUAUGCCUUCAGCACGUUAGUUAUUACUUGUGGGCGUGAAAUGCUAUUCUUGUGCCAUUUUCAGUCCUCCUCACUGCAUCGAAUUCAAACGUUUAACACUUCAGUAAAACAUGCUCCAAAGAUGAGUUCACAUUGCUAUUUAAUCACCAUUUCUCAUCUCUUAGGUUCAGAUCUACAGGCUGGAUGUCUUAGCGCCGUUUGUGUAAAUUAAGGUUUGGUUCUCCAAGCAAAUAGUAUCUCAGAAGAAUUGUACCUUGCAGAAUAAAAGAAUUAAGGAAGAAUUGGAGUUAGGUUGAGUGGACCUAUAAUUGCAGAAUAUGAAUGCUGAUUUUAGAGCUUUCCCAGCAAUCAGUUUUUCCUGGCAAUUAUGCAAGCACAAUUCUGCAAAAGCAGUGUUCUCUUCUAAACUGUGCCUUGAUGGGAACACGGCUGGCUGGGUCUCAUGUUGAUACACAGGAGCCUAAGACUAAUCCUUUGGUAUCUGUUUCAGAUGAGCCAGAAACGCUGUACAAGAGGUUGUCUCUCUUAGUUAAAGGCCACGAUAAAGCUGUGUUGGACAGCUACGAAUAUUUUGCAGUCCUUGCAGCUAAAGAGCUGGGCAUCUCCAUUGAAAAAGUACAUAAACCUCCAAAGACGAUAGAACGAUUGACACUUCUGAAAUCUGUACACAUUUACAAGAAGCACAGGGUUCAGUAUGAAAUGAGAACACAUUAUAUGUGUCUGGAGUUAAAAUACCUAACAAGCAGUACUGCCAGAGUUUACUUGGAGUAUGUUCAACGAAACUUACCUGAAGGAGUUGCCAUGGAAGUGAAAAAGACUAAGAUAGAGAAAAUACCUGAACACAUUAAGGAGCCAGUUUGGGAUACACUACCUCAAGUAGAAGAAACUGAAAUCAAGUCAUGAACUCAUCAGGUACUUGGUGACCUUAGUUGGUCCUAUCAACCUAAUUUACUGAGAGUAUGCUGUUAAAUAAAAGUUCUGUUAUAAAGUAA